UCAGAGGGACAGCUUGUGUUCAGCAGCUGGAGACAAAGUUGGAGAGCCGGGCUCCACCAUCCCCACCCUCUACGGCCCGGGCUCCACCAUCCCCACCCUCUACGGCCCGGGCUCCACCAUCCCCACCCUCUACGGCCCGGCUCCCCCCCCCACCCCCACCUCUACGUCCCGGCUCCGUCCGCUGUCGGCACACCAUCUGGGCAAUGUAUGUUUGCCCAGAUGGCGUCUACAGCCACUGGGGUGGCAGUAGGGUCGGGGGUAGGCGCCACAAUCACACAAACUAUGACGGGAGGUUUGGGUGGAGGACAGUCAGAGCCUGCCAGGCCUGACAUCACUCAGGAGCCGUACCAGCAGGUGGGGCCUCAGCAGCAGCAGCAUGCCUGCUCCGAAGAAAUGAGGAGUUUUUUGGCCUGUGCCUUAAAUAUGAGCGACCUCAUGGUGUGCGAGGGCUCCAGAGAGGCGCUCAAAAGGUGCAUUUUUGCAAAUGCCGGGCUCCACCAUCCCCACCACCUACGGCCCGGGCUCCACCAUCCCCACCCUCUACGGCCCGGGCUCCACCAUCCCCACCCCCUACGGCCCGGGCUCCACCAUCCCCACCCCCUACGGCCCGGGCUCCACCAUCCCCACCCUCUACGGCCCGGGCUCCACCAUCCCCACCACCUACGGCCCGGGCUCCACCAUCCCCACCACCUACGGCCCGGGCUCCACCAUCCCCACCCUCUACGGCCCGGCUCAACUGGAACAGUUUCAAGGAAGAUUAGGGUGUCUGAGACACGGAGCCGUACCAGCAGGGGGUCCCUCGGCAGCAGCAGCAGCGGGCCUGCACCUGUGAGCUCAAGGAGUUUGUGGCCUGUGCCCUGGGCGACCUCAAACUCUGCGAGGGAUCCAGAGAGGCGCUCAAAAGGUGCAUUUUUGCAAAUGGAGCCGUACCAGCAGGGGGUCCCUCGGCAGCAGCAGCAGCGGGCCUGCACCUGUGAGCUCAAGGAGUUUGUGGCCUGUGCCCUGGGCGACCUCAAACUCUGCGAGGGAUCCAGAGAGGCGCUCAAAAGGUGCAUUUUUGCAAAUGCCGGGCUCCACCAUCCCCACCCCCUACGGCCCGGGCUCCACCAUCCCCACCCCCUACGGCCCGGGCUCCACCAUCCCCACCACCUACGGCCCGGGCUCCACCAUCCCCACCACCUACGGCCCGGGCUCCACCAUCCCCACCCUCUACGGCCCGGCUCAACUGGAACAGUUUCAAGGAAGAUUAGGGUGUCUGAGACACGGAGCCGUACCAGCAGGGGGUCCCUCGGCAGCAGCAGCAGCGGGCCUGCACCUGUGAGCUCAAGGAGUUUGUGGCCUGUGCCCUGGGCGACCUCAAACUCUGCGAGGGAUCCAGAGAGGCGCUCAAAAGGUGCAUUUUUGCAAAUGCCGGGCUCCACCAUCCCCACCACCUACGGCCCGGGCUCCACCAUCCCCACCACCUACGGCCCGGGCUCCACCAUCCCCACCCUCUACGGCCCGGCUCAACUGGAACAGUUUCAAGGAAGAUUAGGGUGUCUGAGACACGGUAUGCAGGGCCUCUGCACCACAGAGCAGGAGCCGUACCAGCAGGGGGUCCCUCGGCAGCAGCAGCAGCGGGCCUGCACCUGUGAGCUCAAGGAGUUUGUGGCCUGUGCCCUGGGCGACCUCAAACUCUGCGAGGGAUCCAGAGAGGCGCUCAAAACUUGCAUUUUUGCAAAUGGUCUGUCAUUAGAAGACCUGCUUUAAAUCAAUUUUUUCUAAUAUUAUUCUUUGAUUGUUUUGUUUUUUUAAUGGUUUCAUUUCAUUUCAUUCAUUUUU